UACAUCAACUCCAGGUGCUAUCUUUUAUAACCGUAACCUCUACACACACACAUAUAUAUAUAUAUAUAUAUCCCAAUUCACCACCUUUCACACCCUGCCUGAUCCUCGUGUCGUGGACUCUCAUUUUCCAAGUCGCCCGUUGUAAGUCCUUUUCCCAUCUUAUUUUCCCGGGCGGAAAACUGUUUGAAAUGUCUAACAUACCCCUAACGUGUCAGAUAAUUCCCAUCCAUCUCUUCCUUUUUCUCAUCAUCGUCUUACCCUCUGAGGUAAUUUCACAGACCGUUAACACAGAGGAGAGAUCCAUCUUACUCGACCUGAGACAGAAACUGGGCAAUCCACCGUCCAUUGACUCCUGGAACUCUUCAUCGUCGCCGUGCAUCUGGCCGGAGAUUGAAUGCACGGAAAACUAUGUUACCGGACUUUUCCUCAGGAACAUGGACAUCACUGUUGAGAUUCCGUCGACAAUAUGUGACCUGAAGAAUCUGACCAAGCUCGACCUCUCCUGGAACUUCAUCCCCGGAGAGUUUCCUCGGGUCUUGUUUAAUUGCUCCAAGUUACAAGAGCUGGACCUUUCUCAGAACUACUUUGUAGGUCCUAUUCCUGUCGAUAUUCACCGUUUGUCCGGUCUUCGGUUAAUAAACCUCGGUGCUAACAACUUCUCCGGCGAUAUUCCGCCGGAGAUAUCACGGUUAACAGAGUUGCAAGUCUUGCAUUUGUACCAGAAUGAGUUUAACGGAACGUUUCCUAAGGAGAUUGGGAACCUGGCCAACCUUGAAGUGCUGGGUAUGGCUUAUAACGACAGGUUCGUUCCUGGCCAGAUACCGGAUGAGUUUGGUAAGUUGAAGAAAUUGAGGUUUCUGUGGAUGACGGAAGCGAAUUUGAUCGGCGAAAUUCCGGAAAGUAUUGCUGAUCUUACGAAUCUUGAGCACGUGGAUUUGUCGAGGAACAACUUGGUGGGUGCAUUUCCUGGUGGGUUCUUUGCUUUGAAGAAUUUGUCCAAUUUUUAUAUGUUUCACAAUAGAUUAUCUGGAGAAAUACCUAGAUCGAUCCAAGCCAUAAAUUUAGUUGGAAUAGAUAUUUCCAUGAAUAAUUUGUCGGGUUCGAUUCCGGAUGAUUUUGGGAAGUUACAGAAGCUGCAGUUAUUGAAUCUGUUCGACAAUCAGUUUAGUGGUGAAGUUCCAUCAAGUAUUGGACUGAUCCCUACGCUGAAGCAAUUUAGUGUUUUUAGCAAUAAGUUGAGUGGAAUCCUUCCACCCGAAAUGGGUCUCCAUUCCCAUCUCGAAGCUUUCGAGGUGUCGGAGAAUCAGUUCAGUGGGAAAUUACCUGAAAAUUUAUGUGCAGCAGGGGUGUUACAAGGAGUUGUUGCGUUUUCCAACAAUCUCAUUGGAGAGCUGCCUAAAUCGCUUGGAGACUGCCAUACUCUGCGCACACUUCAGCUUCAUCACAACAAGUUUUCUGGGGAGUUUCCUUCGGCUGUGUGGAGAAUCUUUAAUCUAUCAAGUUUGAUGAUAAGUAACAACUCGUUUACUGGCAAGCUACCUAUGCAUCUGGCGUGGAAUUUAUCCAGAGUUGAGAUCGGUGACAACAGAUUUUCUGGGGAGAUACCGAGUGGAAUUGGGUCUUGGUCCAGGUUGACAGUUUUCAAAGCAAGCAAUAAUCUGCUCCGGGGAGAAAUUCCCAAGGGAUUGACUUAUCUCAAUCAACUUACUACUCUCUUGCUUGAUGAUAAUCAACUUUCUGGUGAACUACCAUCUGAAAUUGUCUCAUGGAGAUCAUUAAAUACUUUGGAUCUUGCCAGAAACAAACUUUCUGGGGAAAUUCCGGCCGCCUUUGGGUCUUUGCCUAACCUACUUAAUUUAGAUUUAUCUGAGAAUCAAUUCUCAGGUAAAAUCCCACCCGAAUUCGGCAACCUGAGACUCACUUUCCUUAACUUGUCCUCCAAUAAACUUUCUGGGAAAAUCCCAGAGGAGUUUGAUAACCUGGCAUAUGAAAACAGUUUCUUUAACAACGCUAAGCUAUGUGUGGAUACUCCAGUUUUGAACCUGCCAGAUUGCUAUUCUAAAACCCGGGCUUCAAGCGGAUUGUCCUCUAAAUACCUUGCCAUCAUUCUGGUAGUUGCAGUAAUUGUCUUUCUGGCAACAGUUGUAUCAACGUUGCUCGUGGUUAGAGACUACAUGAGGAAAAAGCAUCAACGUGAAGUUGCAACUUGGAAGCUGACCUUGUUCCAGAGAUUAGAUUUUACAGAAGCAAACAUAUUGUCAAGUUUAACAGAGAGCAAUAUGAUUGGAAGUGGUGGAUCAGGGAAGGUGUACAAGAUCAGUACUAAUAAUGCCGGUGAAUAUGUUGCUGUGAAGAGGAUAUGGAAUAACAGGAAACUGGAUGAAAAGUUAGAGAAGGAGUUUAUAGCAGAGGUAGAAAUUCUGGGAAGAAUCAGGCAUGGGAAUAUAGAGAAAUUGUUGUGUUGCAUUUCGAGUGAGGAUUUUAAGCUUCUGGUGUACGAAUACAUGGAGAAUCGGAGCCUGGAUAGAUGGCUCCAUGGAAUGAAGAGAUCAAGAAUAUCAUCCGGGUUAAGUUCAGUUCAUCAUGCAGUUUUAGAUUGGCCAAGGAGGUUGCAGAUUGCAAUAGGUGCUGCACAAGGGCUAUGUUACAUGCACCACGAAUGCUCCCCUUCGAUCAUCCACCGAGAUGUGAAGUCCAGCAACAUCUUGUUGGACUAUGAAUUCAAGGCAAGACUAGCAGAUUUUGGAUUGGCCAAGAUGUUAGAUAGAGGAGGAGAGCCGCACACAAUGUCUGCAGUGGCUGGCUCAUUUGGUUACAUUGCUCCAGAGUAUGCUUAUACGAGAAAAGUGAACGAAAAGAUCGAUGUGUAUAGCUUUGGUGUGGUGCUGCUAGAGUUGGUGACAGGGAAAGAAGCAAAUUUUGGAGAUGAAUACACAAAUCUUGCAGAAUGGGCAUGGAGACAGUACCAAGAGGACAAGUAUAUUGUGGAUGUUCUUGACCAGGAAAUAAAAGAAGAAGAUUACUUGGAGCAAAUGACAACUGUGUUUAAGCUAGGAAUGAUUUGCACUGGGACAUUACCCUCUUCAAGACCUUCCAUGAAGGAAGUUCUGCAGAUUCUUCGCAGGUGUAGCCCUCAGCAAGGAUAUCAACCCAAGAAUAAGGAUUCCCAGGCUCAUGUUGAUACUUUACCUCUCAUCAUUCCUACCAUGUAAUAAGCACCUGAGGAGAAAGUUAGCCAUAGAAAGUCCUAGGAUUAAGUAAAGGAUGAGGUUUUGAUCAAGAUUUAAGAGAGAAAAAGAACGAUGAUCUCCAUUGAGUGAAUCCCUAGAAAAAAUUACGCAAUGUAACAUUACCCAAUCAUCCCCUAUCCAAAUUCCCUAGCUUGUUGGGCUAACUGUUUUCUUUUUCCUUUAUUUUUUUUUGGGUCUUAAAAGUUAUAUAUCUCUGUAUCCAUUAUGUACAUAUGUAUUUUAAAGAAACCAACUUUAUCUAACCAAAAAAUAGUUGGCAAUCCAA